UUUUCUUUUAUUUUUACAGAGACGUAAUGAUCGUGAAGAAAUUCGACGACGUUUAGCAAUGGGUGCAGAAGAUGACUAUUUUAGUAGAAUGGUUAAUAAUACAUCAAAUGAUAGACCAGGACGUAAACCAAGUUUACAAUCAAGAUUACAAAAUGGUAAUAAUUUACAAAUAUGUUUUAUGAAUGAAGCAUCAUCAGAUACUGAAAGUAUUAGUUCUGAUUCAGAAACAUGCCCAAAAUUAUCAAAAUCGACAUCGAAUGCAUCAUCAAGAUAUAGUUCAAUGUCAUCAAUAUCAACAUCAAAUCCAUAUAAUUCACGUCCUUUAUCUGUUAAUAUUACAAAUAAUAAUAAUAAUAAUUUGACAACAAUAACAACAACAACAAAUAAUAAUAAUAGUCGAAGAACAUUAUCUCAAAGACCAUCAACAUUGUCAUUGGGACCACCAAUAUCUGAAGAAAAUUCAGAAUCUGAUUUCUUUACAAAGCAAGCACGUUUACAAAUUGAAGCAAGAAUGGCCUUAGCACAAGCAAAAGAUAUGGCUCAUAUGCAAAUGGAGAUUGAACGUCAAAAACAAAAAGAAUCACCAAUAACAGAAGUUAUACGUAAUGCAAUGGAAAAAGUUGGUGUUAAUUUUCCAAUUGAAAAACGUCGUGUCUCAAGACAAAUGUGCACCGAUAUGAAUAUUGCCCAAUUACAAAUUAUUGUUAAUGAUUUACAUACACAAAUUGAAAGAUUAAAUGAUAAUUUGGUACAAUAUUUAAUGGAACGUGAUGAAUUACAUAUGAGCCAGGAUUCAAUGCUGGUUGAUAUUGAAGAUUUAACAAGAUAUUUGAGUGCUAAAGAACAAACAAUAUUAAAUGAAAAAUCAGAUAGAAAAAAUUCAACAGAACUAGAAAAACAACAACAACAAUUAUCCAAUAAUAAUUCAAAUGGAAUCAAAAAUAAUCAUGAUACACCACAAAUGCAAAGUAAAUUCCAAAGGAUAGCAAGUCUAGUCAAAAAAUAAAAUGAAAAAUAAUUGAAAACCAAAAAAAAAAUAAAAA